AUGACCUUUGUGGCCGAGACAGAAGUCAUAUCGUACACAGGGUGCACGGCAGUGACAGGAGAGUGCUACCUCUUGCCUGUAACGGCGUAUGCCUGGUUUACAGCCAUCUGUAACCCCUUCCUCUACCCUGUCAUUACGUCCAAGAGGUUCUGUGGGCUCCUUGUGUGUGCCUUCUACUUCAUGAGCUCCCUUCGAAGCGCAGUGUUUUAUGCUCUGGCGAUUCCCAUGCUGAAUCCUAUGAUUUACAGCCUGAAGAACGAGGAGGUCAAAUAAGCCCUUCGAAGGACAGUACCAAGGCUGUAUUUCUCUCUGUGA